AUGUACUCUCUCUCGCACCAACUUUGCCGGAGAAUUUCCUGCCGCGGCCUUGCUACUGCGUCUUCGACUCUCCCCAAAGCCACGCCUCUGGGUGCUGUCAAUGGCACCUUUGGCGCAGAAGUCUCCAACGUCGAUUUGACCAAACCGUUGUCGCCUCCCGUGAUCGCGCAGCUGGCCAAGUUGCAAAAUCAAUAUGGCGUGCUUGCUUUCCGGUCCACGGGCCUCGACGACGAUAUGCAUGUGCGAUACUCCAAGAGUUUCGGUGCGCUGGAGAGCAUCCAUGGCGUGAACAAGCCUCGUCGAGCAUCGUCGCCGCACUUGUACGAUGCGGGAAACCUCGACGCCGAGGGAAACAUCAUCUCCAAGCACAGCCGGGCGUGGUGGCAUAGCAAGGGAAAUGGACUCUGGCAUACCGACUCUUCCUUUAACCAACACCGAUCCUGCUACAGCGCCCUGCGAGCCGUGGAAAUCCCUUCCUCGGGCGGCGCGACCCUCUACGCCGACAUGCGAGCCGCCUACGACGACCUCCCUGCCGACGUCAAGCAAGGCCUCGAGGGCAAGAUCGGAGAACACUGGAUCUGGCAUUCACGCAAGCUGGCCGCUCCCGAAGAAUUCGACAAACCAACCGACCAGGAGAAGAUCACUAUCCCGCCGGCAUAUCACACCGUCGUCCAGACGGCCCCCGACACAUCCCGCAAGACACUCUACAUCGCCAGCCAUCUGCGCCGCAUCAUCGGCAUGUCUAACAAGGAGUCGACGCAGUUGAUUCGAUACUUGCUCAACCACGCCCAGCAACCAAAGUACCAGCUGAAGGUGCAGUGGAAGAACAUCGGCGACUUGGUCCAGUGGGAUAACCGAUGCACGAUGCAUCGCGCCACUGCCUUUGAGGAUCAAACGAAUCGCAGAGACAUGCGACGGACGACGGUGUAUGACAACGGUCCCUACGUGUUUGGCGCCAAGUUGCGCCUGGAUGCUGAGGAUGUCGACGUGCUGGCGGGAGGGACGGUGGAUAUCGCUGCCCAGCCAACGCCAGAAACGCAGACACGGGAGGAGGUGGAGGCGUUGUAG